CUGGGAUUUGGGAGUGACGCGGAUGUGAGAUCUAGUUGAUCCCUCUUCGCCUUACGAAGAAAACUUGGCGAGAAAGAUAGAGGAGAAAAAAUAAGAAAUAAAAAAAACAACAACACGAAAAGGAAAAUAACAAUGCCCACAAUCGCGUGAAGAAAGAUAGGACACGCACGAAGUUGACGCGCGUUGCCUUUGUCUCGUCGUUGCGAAAACAUCUGCGAAUUUGCCUAGAAGUUUGCUGAAGUUUUCUUUGUGUGGCGGAUAGGUUGAUACGGAGACGGGAAUUGGCCAUGGAUUGGGGCACGGACCUUUGGGACCAGUACGACGUCAUCGAAAAGCACACGCAGUCCGGCCUGGACCUGGUGGAGAAGUACGUGAAGUUCGUGAAGGAGCGAACUGAGGUCGAGCAGAACUAUGCCAAACAGCUGAGAAAUCUGACCAAGAAGUACUCCCCCAAACGAGGGAGCAAGGAGGAGCAAGAAUGCAGGUUUACCAGUCACCAGUCUUUCCUGGACAUCCUGAAUGAGGUGAAUGAUUAUGCGGGACAGAGGGAGGUCAUCGCAGAGAACAUGAUCCUCAACAUCUGCCUGGAGCUCAGCAAGUACCUGCAGGACCUGAAACAGGAGCGCAAAACGUAUCUGUCAGACGCUAAGAAAGCCCAGCAGAAUCUGGAGAGCAGCUACAAGCAGCUGGAGAGUAGUAAGAAGCGGUUUGAGAGGGAGUGGCGUGAAGCGGAGAAGGCCAAUCAAAACGCAGAGAAAGCUGACCAGGACAUCAACGCCACUAAAGCUGAUGUAGAAAAGGCCAAGAUGCAGGCGCACAUGCGUACACACAUGGCGGAGGAGUGUAAGAAUGACUACGCUGCCCAGCUGCAGAAGUACAACCAGGAGCAGAGCCAGUUCUACUUCACCGAGAUGCCGCAGAUUCUCAACAAGCUGCAGGACAUGGACGAGCGGCGCGUGGAGAAGCUGGGCCAGGGCUACGUCUCCUUCGCCGAAACCGAGAAGCACGUCACCCCCAUCAUCUCCAAGUGCCUGGAGGGCGUCGCCAAGGCCGGCGCCAGCACCAAUGGCAGGACCGACUCCUUGGCCCUCAUUGAGCAGCACAAGUCCGGGUUCGAGCGACCGGGCGACCUGGAGUUUGAGGACUACAGCCAGGGCAUCAACAGGGCGUCCUCGGACAGCAGCCUGGGCACCCCCAAAGGGCCCCUCGACCUGCUGAGCAAGAACAAGAACAAGCUCUGGCCCUUCAGCAAGAAGAGCAAGCUUCCCCCACCCCCACUCACCCCCUUAUCCGUGACCCCCACCCCCUCACCCGCUAACGGACCCCCCUCCCCCAAGUUUGCCCGGGACCCCCUCUCCUACUGUCUGAAGGAGAUCAAUAAGACAGUCAAACCCAGAAUCUCCUCCAUCAGGACGCUAAAGAGAACGGUGUUAACUCCAGGAAAACAAAUGCCUCCGCCUACAGAGGACUUUGGCCACCUGCCCCCGGAGCAGCGCAGGAAGAAGCUGCAGCGGAAGAUCGAUUACAUCGGCAAGGAGCUGCAGAAGGAGGUGGACCAGAGUGAGGGACUAGAGAAGAUGAAGGACGUGUAUGAGAAGAAUCCUCAGAUGGGGGACCCCAGCAGUUUGGAGCCCCAGAUCUCCCAGACGGGCCAGAAUAUAGAGAGACUGCGGGGGGAGAUGCAGAAAUAUGAGUCUUGGCUGAUGGAAGCUGGAGGGCGGGGGGAAACCGCCCAGUACGUCCCCCACACACUCAACAACAACGGCUCCCAUGACAAAUACAGUCCUGAUGGUGCCCAGUCUGAUGAGGGCAACGCUGAUCCAUCCCAGGCGAUAUAUGCCGAAUUUGACGAUGACUUUGAUGAAGAUGAAGCCAUUAGUCCAAUCGGCGAAUGCACAGCUCUGUACAACUUCCAAGGCGCCAGCGAGGGGACGAUCGCCAUGCAGGAGGGGGAGGUGUUCGCCGUGGUGGAGGAGGACAAGGGCGACGGCUGGACUCGGGUGCGACGCCCCAACGGGGACGAGGGCUACAUCCCCACCUCCUACGUCAGCGUCAGCCUGCGGAAGUGAAGGCGCCUCCCGUAGGUCUCCAAGGGACGAUGUUCUCACCUUUUCCCCCGGGUCACCCAAGAGUCCUGGGGGGGGGCGGCUGCUCCAGGGAACUGUUAAAAGACAGAAGCUUCUGGAAAAUUGCGCAUUGCGGGUGUGGCCAGCGCACCGUUUCAGAAGAGGCUGGGACCAGUGGAACUGUUAACAUUAAUGCAUUAGUGUACGCAUCACCAUGGUUACAGAGUGCAUGGGCAGGAAUGUUUUUUUUUUCUUUCUUCACCCUGCCGACGAAGACCGCAGAGUAACGCUUCAGUCCGCACAGCAACUCCUACCGCAACAGAAUUUUUUAACUUCCGAUCGCAACCCUUAUCAUCUGCACAUAAUUUCACUCCCCGCGGCAACGCAAAAUGGAACCGUGUCAGUUUAGUCCCCAUGGCAACCCAGAAACAGCAUUUAACCGCUUUAGUCCCAAGAAGCCCGCGUCGUUUCGCCGUUUAUUCCUUGUAGUUCGUUUGUAUCUUAAAUCUUGACCGGGGCGGUGGGUGCAAAAGACAAUUCAGGACUGUUAUUAUUACACACGAGUGCACACGAAUACACAGCUGCGUACAGCAGCGUCACAUGGUUUAUGCUAAGACCGGCAAAGGUAGGUGGGGGUGGGUAUGCCACUGCGGAGGCCAUUUCCAGUCAGGCCAGCCAUUUUGAGCCCAAAGCCUCAGGCCAAAGACCCGGGCUGCUGGCCAAAUUCGCUUGCCCACCGCUGGGGCCCUCGGAGAUGUGAACUUUGCUCCAAAUCCCACCCACAACAGCAACAGCCACGCCUCCCCCGGUGCUGUGGUUCUCCUGUUGAAACACGGCGCUGAGAACGGUGUGACAAUCGGCCGGAGGCUGGCCGGCGUAAUGGCCUGUAAUGGCCGCCCCAGCUACGGCACAGCUGUGGAAACGAGGGCCGCAGCACUGCGGUGGGGUCCCUACAAGCAGCAUAAAGAAAAUCACCGUCUCUCCUAGAUUUAUAAUACUGACAUUAUAUCAGGUCAAAAGUGGUUAUAUCAGGUCAUUAUAGGUCAAUUUAAAUGAAACACAUUGCCUAGUAACAGAAAUAAUGGCUGUAUUCAUCAACAGAUUGGAUCCUACUACAGUGGUGUUAACUCAGAAGUAGAUUACCAAAUGAAAAUGUGCAACUUUUAAGGACUUUCGUAUUUAUAAAAGAAUAAUAUAUUUUAGCCAUCAUAAUACCACUAUCAUAGUAUUAGACUUUGGUCCUUCAUGAAUAAAGUUUGUAAAGUUAGGAGCAAAUGUCUAAUUGUAUAUUUACAGGAUUUUUUUUUUUUGUCUCUGUGUUUUGCUGAGCCAGACCUGGGAGUUAAUUCCACUCCUUGUCUGUGGUUUUUUUUUGUAUGAACUCUUCUAUUGAAUUGCCUGCACCUUUGCCAUUGUUUAAUGGGAUAUAUAGAUCUAUAAACAAAGCACAUUUCAAAACAAA